AUGCAUCAAAAGAUUGCCCCACAAGACAGAAAGUUGUCUUCGAAAUUAACCCGCCGUGUUUGCAUAACAGAGGAUUUAAUUUGUCUUAUGGAAGGCUUCACCAUUACUGCAAUAAAUGAAAGACCUGAGCAGAAAGAUCUGGUGAACUUUGCGUCAAACUAUUUCGAGGAAAUUCGAAAGAGAAGGAACAUGUUAGCCGAUAGAGGAGUGGGCAACUUCAGAACUGGCUUGUAUCUCUGUAACGAGUGGAAUGGCCAACUAUGAUUGAGGGAAGUUUACAUUCUUGAGUGAACUGAAGAUAGUGUAUGAAGAUACUCAAAUAAGGUUAUCGAUUAUCAGUGAAGUUGCGUUUAAUUGCUGACAGGAGCACUUAACCACUAUGAAUUCAUUGAGUAAUUAAUUAAAUGGCUUUUAGUAAAAGAACUACAACAUAUAGACGGACCCGAUUUUUCUUAAAGUACGCAUGAAUAUCAAACAACAUCUCAAAUUCAGUCCUCAACUGUGACAUGGUUAUUUCGUACAAGGUGGCGUUUGGCUUUGAAGACAUCGUUACACCGGCCUUCGUAGCUGCCUGUUGUGUCGAGUGAAAGCCUAUCUACUUAAUGAUAUUUAAACAUGAAUCACAUGUUUAAACGUGUGCAUAGAUUAACACAAAUUGUAGAUAUUCAGUCCUAGCAGAAGGAAUUUGAAACUGGUGUUUUUAAUAAUAUUUGAGAAUGAACUGACUUUUGUCGGCCACUUUGGAUGGCGACGGUUGCAGGAAAAAGGGCCAUGUGAUGUGCCAUUCAAUAAUACUCUAAUUUUGUCAAAUGAGCACAGUGUAAGUCAGAGUUUCAUAACUGUUUAUUUAUUUUUGCGUUUCGUGACUUAGUAAAACCAUGUAAUUUACAACUAAAUACAAUUACAUUAUGUAUUUUUCUGAUUUUGAAGUCUUUCAUCAAACCUACCGCAACAAAUAAAUUGGCAAACGACCUUUGUGAUUAAAAUUCAUGACAUGUAAAAAACUUGAUUGAGAACAGAAUAUGGACAAUAUUUUAGAAGGUCACGACUCAACUUUGCCGCCAAUAUAACAAGACUUCAUUUUCCAUAUGUAUCGUCAUGAUAUAAAGUCUGUCCUCGGAAAUCUGCCGAGUGAGUCGAGUGCUAAUGAAAUUACAAACAUGUAAAAUAUUUCCGUACUGUAAAACCAAACAUCGAUUUCUUUUUCAGUGGAUAAUGUAUGUAAUAGCGAUGACUAUGUAUUACAAACAGAAACAAUUAAACGUUUUUCAGCGGGAACAAAAACCAUGGACGAAGCUAGACCUGAGGAAAACCGGCUUUCAAACGCUUUACUAAAAAUAAGACUAAGUGGGUGACCAAACUAAUCAUACAAAACAGGGAUUUUCGGCGAAUUUCUAUCAUGGAAUCGGAUGCGAGAAAAUUUUAUUUUAAAUCCCAAGGGAAAAUAAUUGAAAGUAAACAAAUAGAUUAUAAUCUGGAGUUAGGAGCUGGAGUAGAAUAAACAGGAAGAAGAAAAAAAGGCGUUAAUUUCGUUAAAAUUUUAUCAGUCCUAUUAAAUAUCAUCUUUUUGUUAGUGUUGAUACGCAGAAGUGACUAGACUUAUUAUAUAUGUGUUUUAUAAAGACGUCGCUAUAGUCCAGUUGUAUGUGCUUUUUACGGUUCUUCGACAUUUUGAGGUUUUUACUGCUAAUGCGAUUUUUGAGACCUCUAGCCGGGGGGGGGGAGAGGGAAAUGCCUCCCAAAAGGUAUGGUUUUCCCCGUUUUUUAUAGAAUUCCUUAUUUUGGUCUGGAAUAGUCGAGUUCAUUUGCCGUUUUAAUUCCAAAUGAAUGAGAAAGAAAGAGUAAUCCGUUCGCUUUUUGACGUUCUAAUCUAAGUAAUGAUGAAAAAGAACCCUAGUACCAGUGGAUUUUGUUUUUUCACGGUUCUUCGUUCUGAUCAGGCUUUGAUGAGAUGUUUAUCUAUUGCAAGGUAAAACCGAGGUGUUAAUAGAUGUUUGUUCAUUUUGUUGCGUUUUUUACUUAAUGAAAAUGGGAAAAAAUCCGAAACGUGACAUUUCAAUAAUUUAGAUUGCAGAGAUGGAAGACUGAAACCGCCAAUUUGGUCCAAUAAAAUAUCGAAACACACAUACUUCUGGAAGACUACCGGAAGUGCGUGUACUGCCAAUGCCUAUGAGUCGUUUUUCAGCGAUUAAAAAAAAAAAAAAAUUGCUGUUAACACAAAGAGGAUCAAAUUAGCCGCCUUCUUUUCCAAUAAAAGUAAGUUUUUUUUAAAUUCAAGAUUUUGCGAGAAAUCUUGAACCGCUUACUGCUCAUGAAACAUUUUUUGUUAGUUAUGCGAAUGUGUGCUUCUGUGUUCCCUUUUAGUAAAGGUAUAUUUUGUUUGUUUUGUAUUACGUAACCGUUUUAAGUUGACUGUACUUUUUUUUGCCAUAGUACAAAAUAAGUGGUGGCUCUGUUGAUUAGUUUUUUUCGAGAUAGAAUAAGGGAUUUAGAGGCAAUGGAUUUUUAUAGCUUAAGUCGCUUCUUUUCGCAUUGAUUAUUAUUCGCUUUAUUACUGAGCCUUUUAAUAAUUUAGCCAGCUACAAUAAGCAUUUUUAGAAACGUAAUUACAACGCAAAUGCGGCGGGUUCAUGUACGUACUUGUUGUGAAUACAAGAAAAGUAUAAAGGCAGAUUGCCAGCUAUAGUACGUGGUUAUCUUUGCCUGUUGGCCUUGACUCAACAGCUUAAAAGUAAAAUCCAAUGAAAGGAUCAGCUAAAUUUAGAUAUAUAUUUACAAUAGAUUUACUACUGACGGAUCGAAUUGUACAUUUGUACUUAACCUUGACUUUAAUAGCUGGUGUACCUAUAGUCUGUACAUGCUUCAAAAUAGGAUUUAAUUGGUGUUAAGAAAUUAUCGGCUUAAUCGAAAGUGGGUUUCCUUGAGAAAGAGGGGAUCGGCUGAGCAACUUCUCAAGAGGGUAAAAGACCCCGAUAUAUGUGAGCUCAGUAAUAAUUCCUUAACUUUCUAUAGUCAAAUGAAGCUGUGUCCAUUCUCAAUGCUGCUGAAGUUAUUCGAUAUUAUUAUUAUUAUUAUAUAUUAUUAUUAUUAUUAUUAUUAUUAUUAGGGAGCUUAAGCAACAACGAAGGAGACAACUACGAAAACGUUACUUAAAAAGUGAAUUAACGCUGCCUCAAACCUUAUUGCGCUUGUUCCAUCUAGUUUAAUUCCUCGUCAAACGUUGGCCAAGUUUUUUGGAGUUGAAUUCUAAAGGACUGUAUCAAAGUUCAGGAAAGGAAAAGGAAAGUUGUUGUCUUGUGUGAAAUUAGACACUUUCACCUUGUAGUCGUGCAACGACGGCUAAAGAAUGUGCAGAAAAGUGUGUUGUUGUUUUGCCAAUCCAAACCCACUGCUUUUUUGUCGUUCUCUUUGCCGUGCCGUCGUCGUUAAAAAGUUAAACUCCCUUCGGAUAACCAACAACACUUGGCCUAUGUAUGACUAGCUUUCUACUUAAAGAUCUCAUAUGAGGACUGCCAUUCUAUUGUUUUUCACGUACAUGGUAGCUUACGAGAGCCCAUUCUCGUAAACGGCAGACUGUACUGUUGCGACCAGACUUUUUUGGAUUCCCCAGGUGGUCGCUUACGAGAGCUCCGGCCGAAAUCUGCUAAUUCAGGUCCCAACAUUGUUGGGAGCUUCAGUUGUAUCCGUUUGCAUACCACUGCCGCCAACACUGCCGCAACAACUCCCAACAUUGCUGACACCCUGCAUGUAGCUCAGAGCAACUCCAAGAGUAAUCAAGUGGGUUCAAAAGGGUGCUACCUACCCAGUUUUUCGUUUGCUCCGGCUGCUAAAGAAUCCACGAUAUAGAUAUUAACUUAGCUCUUGGUGAUAAAACGCCCCACUUCGACAAGAAGAAAAAUUUCUGAUGAGUUCAAGACACCACCAGACGGUCAGUGUGAUAUGAAAACUAGAUCCGGGUUCCAACUCACGAUCCGGCAUCAUGAUGCAUAGCGCGCAUUAAAAAGAGGUCAUUAUUCUCACUGGGAAAAACACGCACAAAAGCUUAAAUUAGCAUCAAUGCACUUCCUAACAUUCUCAGCGUGGCCCGGGAGAAUACAAGGCAUACCCACAGACCUUGUCCCUCAGUUUAAAGAGCAGCCUGCAGCUUGAUUAUUCAGCCAGUUCUGGUAAAGUUUUGGUCUCAGCACCCUCUCUAGCAGAUCUCGCCCCACCAUCCUCCCCUUAGUGACGGGGCAUACGUCGUAUUCUAUUCUGGUCGAACCGACUCGCAAAGCCUCGGGCUGAUUCUCCCAUAUCUUAUGCAUUUAGGCUCAUUUGGCUUUAUGUGCGGGUGUUUCGGGUGAGAAUAUAUAGGGUUGUCCCACUGUCAAUAAAAGUUUCCAUUAAGAAAGCAGACAAUAAGCAGUUAUUGGCUACUCACACGUACAUCAACUAUCGUAGUUAGUGAGUGAAAACAAUGAACAGUAAAGCUGAUCGAAAAAGCAAAUCAUUUCCUUGAUUGUAUUCACCAAUAAUUGCCGUCUCAAUUUGUGAUAUUGGGGAGCUUUCAAAGCUAAAUGUCAGAAUAUUUCCUUUUACAGAUACCAUAUAAUUCCGCUUUUACGAGAGUUGAGUGUGAAUUCUCAAGAGAUACACCAAAAAACAAUGGCUUGAUCAGUAUUUAUGGAAAAGCAUUAGAGUCGCUAAGCAACAGUUAUUGAACUUAUUGCAUUCAAGUGGAUUGACGGUGCAAAUUGAUCAAUGUAUUCACCAUUUUACUCACAGACGUCAACACAAAAACUUUUAUACAUUAACUUAAUCGCACGCAAGGUACUGAAAGCCUAGCGGGAAAGGUAAGUCUCAGAGAAGCUUGUUUGAUCUUGUUCAUGCUUAAAACAUUUAUAUCACAUUGUUCAUUUAGCUUCACUGGGAGUCAUUAUCAUUUGUUUGUCAUUUGCUUAAGACAGUCUUUGUUCGUUUGUUUCUUUCUCGGUAUAAUAUAUUUGGUAGGGAACUUAGUAAACUGUUUGUUUACAUUUUAUACUGCGGCGGGGUUUUUACAGGAUGUGUCAUGGCAAAGUGAAAGAAACUGUGUGCACAAGUUCUCUGACAAGCCACGGUACGGAACGUGAAAUAAAUGAAUGCAAAUUGCUCGGCGACCGAUCCACGUUUUGACAAAAGUUCUAACGCUGAGAGUAGUUUAAUUUCCAUACUUGCUGACCGGAAAAAUAACUUUAGACCGAAGCGUAGCUGAUUUGGCCGUACCAAAUUCUGAAGACCAAAGUACCAGAAGUACGCGCAAAUUAUCGCCGGCUCUUGUUUUUUGGCAAAAUCAAAGAAAAAACCUGCAAAACAUGUACAGUCACGGGAGUGAAGUGAAGUGUUCAGCAGACGAUUCUUUGUUAAAAUAAGGAUGACGAGCAUUAGAUUUAGGAUAUAACCAGGUUUUUUUCUUAUUCCAGCGCAAUAUUCUAUUUCAAGACUUCUUUCUUCGUACGAACCUAGCCAGCGGGCCAUCUUUUAUAACGUCACAGCUUGAAUCAAAGUUAACCUGGACUGGAGUAUGAGUGGCCAUUUGAAAACUGUGUUUUUCCGUGAUUGGGUUAACUGAAAGGAGUCUGAAUAAAAACCUUAUCGUCAUCAAACUCAAAAUAAGUCAUCCUUGGAAUUAGUUUCUAGAGUAUAUGCCAAUUAUAGGCUGUUUUUAUUAACAAGAAAGUUUGGAUAGAGUUGUUGUAUCUAUUAGGACAGGUCGGUGGACUAAAACGGCAACUAACUUGACACAGUAACGAGGUAUCCGUAGGCGUCUUACUAAAUUAACAUUCGAAAUGAAGACCAAGGGAGGAUGACAACAGAAAUGAAACCAUUUUUUACAAUGUAUGUCAAAAAUAUGCGUGGCGACCAUAUGAUAUAUACAUACAUACAACCUUUUUUUAUACACGAUAUUAAUUCAAAGCUACAGGCUUGUGGGGUCGUGUGCAAAAAUUACAAUUAAAUAAAAUAUUAAAAGUUAUUACUACUGAGGAAUAAAAUCGUUCAAUCGUAGAAUACACAUGAGAAAUUUAGAAAAUGAUAUUCAAGAAAAGAUGAUUGUCUAAAGUUGCUAACUUUUCUUUUACACUGAAUCAACUACGACAGAGGACACGACGUAAUAAUGUAUAUAUGAUGUUAUGAAGAGCGUCCUUUAUCUGGUUCAAAAAUACAAUAUAUUUCAAAAAUCAGUUUGUAGGAUAAUUAUUAUUAGAAUCAGCUGUGUGAUCCGACCGAUUAUGAAAGGCGAUGCAUCUUAUUGUUUUAAGUUUCGAAAUGACAUCCAGAUUAACACUCACUGUAUCAGGUGGCAAUCUAUGGUAUUAACUACAAAGGCUUUCACAUUUCAAUAUAUUCCAAGAAAAUAUGGAGGAAAGGGUUAUUUUCCCGAUAAGAAGUUUAGGACGCAUCCUGUCACUCGAUUGCUUUGACUGGAACAACUGCAGGAUUUCGUCGGAUCUUUUACAAAAAAAAGAAAAAAAGAAAAGAAUAAAAUAUCGCUGAGCUGGGUAAUGGCUUUUUGAUAUUCGAGGAUUAUGACAGGUUACUGUCAAGUAUAUUUGCCGUUAAGUAGUGAAAAUGCAGACUUAAUGCCUCCUCAAAAUGGAUCUCCUGCACUUAGUAAUACCAGUCAACAACAUAUCGUCUAAUAGCCUUUUCCUUUAUCACUGCACGAUAUCAAUGAGAAUUAUCACGAGAACACAAAUUAAAAACAUCUGGGAUUCUUUCAGUUUUGGACAGUUUUGGUUAAAAACAGAAAAUGAGUCACAGUUUCUAAGCCGUUUUUAUGCCGGUGUUUCUUUGUCUUAUUUGAUCUCCGAAAGUUCAAUCAGUCCUUCUCAGUGACCGACGAAGGCUUUGAAUUUGGUUUCUGGCUGGAAAAACUGAUACCUUAAGGGUACUUUUUGAACUUUUUUGUCUUUUUUUCUAUAAAAUGAAUUUAGUCAAUUAGCUUAAAAUGUGACCAAUCAAUCAAAGCUGUCAGUGGCGUACCAUCUCAACCAACACAGACGGAAAAUAAAUGUCAAACCAAAGAGAUUAUACUCGUUUUAGAAAUCAUCAGACCGCAGAUGGAAAUUUUGUUUUGAAGCGUCCAGAAGUUCUUUUUACUAAGAAUUACAAAACAAAAUAACUGAAUACUUAAGAAACUUUGUAAAUCUUCACCUGAAUCCCAGUUCACUCAUUCAUGCUUUUAGUAGAUUUUUGCGCGGAUUGCGAGAGAGUACGAUAGCAGCAAAUCACGAUGCUUUUGGACUCUGCUGCUCUCUGAUUCAGCAUGACCGGCUUGAAAACAACGUUGCAUUACGAACCAUCGUAACAACUAAACUGAAUUCGAGAAAAGGCAAGGCAAAACUACGAAUGAUCUCCCUCCAAAACGACAUUAAUCAAUUAAACAGUGAUAAUUAAGAAUACAAAAAUUUAAAAUUCUUUGUAAAUUUUCCCGUAGAUUGGCAAAAUGUCUGUUGAAAGUGCCGACGCUGACAAGACAAAUCCAGGUCCGCAUAGCGUGCCUGAGUUCAAUGUGCAAGACGUAGAUGCCAAUCAGAAUAACAGGAUAGACAGCUCAAGGACUCAGCUCAAGUCUGGUAUAAUUACAGAAGGUGAUUCCAAGAGCACACAAAAAUCUGGAAAAAGCCGACCUUCCAGUGGUAAGUAUUGAAUACAAAUUUCUCUCCCUGUGGCUCUGUUGUUCAGUGAAGACAUAAAAAAACUGACAAAAAAGUAUCCGUAUGAAUUAAGAAUACAUAAAGCUAUUUGACAAACAGGUUUUGAUGUUUGGGCGCCUAGGUAAAUCCGGGUAAAGGGAUGCUUCGGGCUGGAACUUAUCCCUAGUUUCAGGCAAUUAGAAAGAUAGAAUUAGGUCGGUAUAGUUUUACUAAAUUUGCAUAAGCAACAAAACUACUAACUCCCCACAGCUAUAAAAGGCCUUAAAAAUCAAGAAGAUGAAGGCACUCUGGUAAAGUGACAAAUUGACGUCCUAUUUAAACAAGGUCAAUGGAUUGAAACAUAAACUAGCCUUCUGUGUGCAUAUUUGCGCGUCAGUUUUGAAUUUUGGGUUGUUUCACGGGCUAAUGAAGCAGACAAGAAUAUUACACUAACGGCUGAAAAUUUUCAGAUUAUAAAUCUGCUUGCAAAAGCAAAUUGUGUUCAUUGAAAAUAUACUUUUUUAAGUUAAUGCCAAAAAUAAGUUUGGCCCGGCUUUUUAAGGAAAUGCGCAAGGAUUCAGUGAAUAAAUGAAACUCGGUUCCAAUACUAUCAAAAUGUUACAAGAAGUAAUUCGUAUCCAGUAAAACUGCGCAUUUUUUCCUACUUUGUUGUUUUGCAGCAAAAUCAAAGCGAGCGGGUACUGGGAAGAGCAGGUUGACACCUGUCCCUACUCCAGCGGAUGGUUCAUCUAAGGCUGAACAAGCACUUUCAGAUGGGGAACCUGCGGAGGACAGUGAUUAUGAUACUGAUUUGGACUGCGAAGAACCCCGAGAAGAAUACGACCGCACAGGUAAACUGCACAAUUUCACCAAGCACUGAGUAAAUUUCAAGUGAAAUCGCUGCAAAAUGGUAAUGUUUUUCGUGGCGUCAGCGUGGUUGCUUUUUUGUCAUGCCCCUAUUUUCGGGUUGUUAGCUAUUGUUCAAUCCUAUGGAACAUUGAAAACUGAAUAACGAGGCAUUACCAACUCCAUUACAACAGGGGCGGCCUAUGAUCACACUGUGAUAACCAGCUCUUAAGAAAAUAACCAGGCUCUUUCCACACCCCACUACACGAAGUAAAAUGAGUGGAAUGAGGAUACUGGGGAUCUCCUCGGCUGGGUGAUCAAACUACAUGAUUGCACAGGCUAGGUCCUUUACUGCUUAUAUUACGUGCAAGGGUUCACUAUAAAAAACUGAUCAAAACUGUACACAAGCAGAACGGUUUCUUUGCCCUUUUUCGCCUGUUGACUUUAGAACACCGACGUUUUCAUAUACAGUUAACUUUUAGGUAGAUUUUUUCGCUAGUGUUGAUUAUCGAGUAAGUCUCACAAAUCCAAGCCAGCAAUACGGGACAACAGAAAAUAGCUGUAUCUCUAUUAUCUCUCUUUCUCUGCUUGCGGAACUGGCGUUGACGAUAAUCGGUUCAUUGGCUGAAGAUAACUAACUUAGGCAUCCAAUUGACCCUGCAGGUCGCAAAGCGUAUAUGGAAGCCUGUUCUCAACUGGGAAUCAUUCCCGUCUCAUUUGUUAUCGAGCACAUCACACGGGAAAAGAUUGAUAUUAAACAUCAUGGACUGGGACCGAGUGGUGCCCGGGCUAUCGCGUUUGCUCUAAUGAGAAACACCGCUACAACGACAUUGAACUUACGGGACUGUGCCAUUGGUAAGUUUCGAUAAUUGACUUAGGAUCUUUGCAUACUUAUGAAACCCUACAUCCCAAUAUACUUUGCUAUUAAUCAUACAACUUCGUUUUCCUCAAUCGCGUAAGAAUGUCUCUUUUUUAAAAUCUACAAAAGGCACUGAAUAUCAUGAUAAGUUCCCUUGAACGUAUUCUGCUCUCACCGUAAUAAUCAACUGUAUAAAAUACUCCUCUGUGUAAUGCAAAACGUUCUUGCAGCACGUCUGUACAGGUAUAGAUUUUCUCAAAGUCCUUCGCUUCUCGUUUCCGGUUCCGGUAGAAGGCCCCAGCGCGAAGAGCUCCUGCUCUCUCACUCCCGCUUUGCCACCGAAAACAUAAAAAAUUUCUAGCUCGCGCUUUAUGCGCUCGAGAAAAAUUUUGAGCUCGACUUUUGGGCAAGUCUAGUACAGGAGGAGCCGUCUUUUUAAAGACAGUUAUUUUUCUUAAUUUUAUAUAGGACCCGAUGGAGCUGGCUACGUCUCUAGGAUGCUUAAGGAAAAUUUUUACAUCACCGAGUUGGACUUGGCUCAAAACAAAAUAAAGAGCCCUGGUGCCCAGGCCAUUUCCGAGGUGCUCACUGACAAUAACACCAUCAAGAAAUUGAACCUGUCGUGGAAUGAUUUCAAAGACAAAGACGCCGAAUGUCUGGCAGAGGGAAUCCGUGUCAAUCAAACACUGUCAUGGCUUGACUUAAGUCAUAAUGGGUUCGCAGAAGAAUCUGGGUUGUUAUUGGGUUAGAAUAGUCUUCUUUAUCCAUAUACAGUCCACUCUCGCCUUGCUAUAACGAACACCCCAAUUAUCAGGGGCACCCAACGACGGUUUCCUCCCAAAUACAUUAAAAACACUUUUUAGACUAUCCAGGGUACUUUUAGAUGUCUAGAAAUCCAUUCUAAGCGGCACUAUAAAAUUUGUAUCUGUUCGGUCAUCCGAGGGGAACUUGAGUCUUUUCGAAAUUACAAGAGCCUCAGUAUUAUUUUCCCGAAAAUUUUAGAGGCAAUUUAAAGUAUGACGAAAGUGAUAAUUUUUCUUAUUUCCCUCUCCAUCAUAUUUUUGGAUCCGAAAAUUUUAGGUGUCCUUUUUUCUACGUCCUCAAGUAAUAGAGAAUUCUAGGUAAUAUCUGCUUCUCUGAACAGAUAUUUACAGAAAACAGUCGUUGGGUGCUCAUGAAUUAUAGAGAGUAGCUAAAUCCCAGGCAAAAAUUUAUUGCCGAUGUUUGUCUUAAAUAAAAUCCGGCUAUUACGGCUCUUGGUAAUGAGGUGGACACUAAGUCAAGGUCCCUACAGUGCCCGCUACAUGGGAGUUGACUGUGGGGCGAAAAGUACAGCCAUUGUACAUUGGAGCUCCGCUGUAUGGACAUCCGCUUAAUACGGACACCGUUAUAAGGGAAAGUUUCGUUUGUCCUAAAUAAAAGCUCAUGUAUCAUCUUUAAAAAGUUUUCUCGUGAAAAUAUGUGCUUUCGUCGAUAAAACAUUUCAGUGUAACCACGGCAUGUCCCCUUGGUAUACCUGUUACCAGGGUUUCACGAUACCUCAUUAGGGACUAAUUUGGCUAUCUUAAUCAGGUCCAAGGUAGUUUCCUUGCCCCCCUUUUUUCGUAGAUCUCACGAGCUGAAUGAGUUCUUAGACAAUGCUUAAAUAGUUCUCAAAUUGUAGUCCAUCCAAUAGCUGCAAAUGAACGUCCUCAUGACGUUAGAAGAGCCUGUCCGCAGACGUCUCAAACCGUAAUGAAACGUAACAGAUCUUAUGAAUCAACACCUUCUAAGGGGUGGACCGUUAAAAAAAGUUAUUGCGGGGUUGGGAAUUUUCGAGCUGCAUGAAUAUUUUUCUUACAAUUUCCCUUAUUUCUUUAGUUAAUUUUCCCCUUACAUCAAUAUUUUUGGACUUCGCCCACCCCUCCCACACUUUUUCAUUAAUGGUCGACCCUAAUACAGUUAAUUCAGUCAUUCUGUUUUCUUUCCUAGGACCUGCUAUUGACGCAAACGGUGGAUUGGAAUAUCUUAAUCUUAGCUGGAAUCACUUCCGAGGCAAAGGAGGCGUGGCCAUCGGUAAAGGCUUACGUGCUAACUGCAGUCUACAGACAUUAGACAUUUCUUGGAAUGGUUUAGCUGAUGAAGGAGCUGCAGCGUUCGGAGAAUCUCUUAAGGAAAAUAAUACAUUGAUUGAUUUAGAUUUAACCAACAACAGAAUUUCCACCGAGGGAGCGUUGGCAUUUGCUAAAGGCCUACAAAUCAACAAUACUCUUAAAAUAUUAAGGUUUGUGACUUAACAACAACAACAACAACAACAUAAUAAUAAUAAUAAUAAUAAUAAUAAUAAUAAUAACAAUACAUUUUAGAUAGCCAAGGCUAAAACAUAUAGAAUCAUGAGAAAAUAUUGAACGAAGUUGUAAUAAAUAAACACAUUAAACCAUUUUUCAAGUUAUAUUUUGUAGCUGAAAAUCUUCCCCUCAAAUUCGCGCUCAUGUUGGUUUCUUUUUACAGUCACAGUACAUUUGACAGUUACAAUGUUACCUUCCAAAAGUUUCUGAGUAGGGCAAAGGGCAAGAGUACACCAGUUACCAGCGUUAGGCCGGUUGGUUAUGGGGGUGGAGGGGGAGGGGCGCUAUCAACAACCUUUUUUAUUCUCGAAAUGCGAAGGAAUCUAACUCAGUAUUAAGGAAAAAUAUAACGAUUUAAAUUUUUUUGAGUUUCAUGUUAUAUGGGAGUAGAGGGAUGUUUUCUUGAAGUGCAAAAGUGUCUUGCUCGAUUUUACAAUCAAAAUUAGUUACAUCUUUGUACUUUUUAAUUUCGUAUAGCUCCACACAGUAAUUUUCAAGGAGUUAUAAUAACUCCUCUAGUGGGGUUAAUUUAACUCCUUACAGUGGAGUUAUUUUUCGGGGUCGAAGUUAUUUUCACUCCAAAAAGGAGUUUAAAGAACUCAUUUUCAGGAGUAAAAAUGACCCCAGAUAUUGAGGAGUUAAAAUGACCCCCAAAAAGGAGUUAUCCUGUACCUAAAAUUUUUACUCCACUUUCAGAGUUAAAGUAACUCCAAAAAGAGUAAAACCAACCCAUGUAAGGAGUAAAAAUAACCCCAUUUUCGGAGUUAUUUUAACUCCAGACGGGGUGUAAAAAGAAUUUUUUUUCGGAGUGAAAAUGACCCCAAAUUUGGAGUUAAAUUAGGAUUUAAAGCAACCCCCAAAAGGGGGGUAUCCCGUACCUAAAAUUUUUACUCCAUUUUGGCGUUAUAAUAACUCCCUAAAAAUUACUGUGCAGUUUUUCAAAAUCAUAAGCUUACAGGAUGACCCUAAAGAGGGGUGGAUACAGUGCUGAUUUAAGUUUUUUACCUCUCCUGUAGAAUUGGGCUGAAUCCACUGCAAAAUAUCGGUGCUUUUGGUCUUCUCACAGCAAUGAAAAACAAUGUGGACUCUGCCUUGGAGCAAAUUCUUUUCAACAGCGUCGUGGUCAAUUUAGAGACUCAAGCACUCGUGGAAUUGCUUCUGGGACAACAUCCGGGACUCACAAUCACGUGCACUUUCAGCAAACGGUCUGACAAACCGGAUCCUCUCGACGAACGAUUUGGAAAUAACAAGGGGAAUGAACUGAUCUACAUCCUCAAAAAAUAUGUCGAGGAUAAAAAUUACCGGUUAAUAGACUUGUUUAACCAGUUUGAUAAGGAUAACAGCCUGUCGGUAACUAGAGAAGAAUUUAGAAUGGGCCUUAAGAGCAUUGGAGUUCCCAUGACCGAUGACCAACUGACGAAGCUCAUUGACAUGUUAGAUGAGGACGGCGAUGGAGAGAUUGACUAUGGUGAAUUCACUUGGAUAAACGAAGUUGAUUAA